AUGGAUUCAGGCGGUACGCCGCGCAAUGCAUCAGCUUCUGCACCUGGUGGCCAACCUCGUGCUGCAAGAGCAGAGCCACGCAGAAACGGCGCCACGGCGGCAGCUCCAGCAGGUGCUACCGCCAAAGGUGGCACCCCUAACGCGCGGCCAUCUUCGGGUGCUAUCCCGCGAAGCUCGUUCGCUCAAGCUCUUCAGCAGCGGGGGGCGUCCCAGACGGGCUCCACGGCGACGGCUACGGCCACGGCGACGGCCCCUCCCCCGAACAACAGCUACAGCAGGGCAGCUACUGGCAACAGCGGACCUCGAACAGCGGGCGCCACCGCCGCGGCCAACCACCCGCCCGCCACUGCGACGCCGUCGCCCCCAGCCACGACUCCACCAUGCGCCGGCGCUGAAGGAGGAGUGGCCAUCAAUGGCCCGUCAAGCGACGAGAUUCAGAUGAAGGAAUUGGAAAGGAGCCUGCCGUCGCACUUUCCGCGGCGGCCAGCGCAUGGUAAGCUUGGCCGGGCAAUCCAGCUAGUGGCCAACCACUUUAGCAUCGACAUUCCCGAUGGAAAUGUGUAUCACUACGACGUGGAGAUCUUCUCGGAAGGCUCCGGGGAGGCCAAAGUGCCCGACCACAAAAAGUACCGCUGCCUCAGCACAAAAAUCAACCGAAUGGUCAUCGAACUUCUCGUCAAAAAAUACCGAAAUGAACUUUCCGGCUGCAUCCCGGCCUUUGACGGCCGCAAGAACCUCUACACGAGACACCAGUUCAACUUUCGCGAAAGGAUAUUCGCCGUUGAGCUGGAAGAGGACCAGAGAACCCAGAAGUUCAUCGUCAAGAUACAGUACGCCGCCACUGUCAACUUGGACGCCUUCCAUGCAGUCUACAAUAACAGGGUCAACACAGUGCCCCAGGAGGUGUUGCAAGCCAUUGACAUCGUCGUACGCCAUGGACCUUCUAUCAAGCUGACCCCCGUGGGGCGAUCCUUCUUCAAGCCGCCUCCUCCACACGAACUCAACUCUCUGGGUGGCGGCCGAGAGGUGUGGUUUGGGUAUUACACGAGUGUGCGGCCCGCUCAGUGGAAGCCCAUGCUGAACGUCGACAUGUCGGCUACAACCUUCUACGAGACUCUACCCGUCGUCAGCUUCAUGUGCAGGAUAUUCAGCGACGGCAGGCGCGAAAUGACACCCUCCGACUUCCGGACACUUCGAGAUUUCCACCACGCGCGGCUAAACAAGGAGCUGAAGGGGCUGCGAGUCAAGGUCACGCACCUGCCUUACCCACGGAAGUACAAGGUCAUACGCGUCACCAAGGAGUCGGCCAAGGAGAUUUUUUUCAGCACCGAGGACGGGUCGACCAUCUCCGUGGCCGAGUACUUCCAGAGCCGCUACAGCCGCCUCUCCUACCCGCACUUCCCGUGCAUUCAGAGCGGCAGCGCCGCUCAUCCGGUCUACAUCCCGCUUGAGGUGUGCGAGCUGGUCGAGGGCCAGCACUGCCGAAAGAAGCUGGACGAAAAUCAGACGGCCGAGAUGAUCAGACGCACGGCCAAGCAGCCUUCCAAGCGCUUUCAGGAAAUCCGCCAGUCAGUGCGCGACUUGGUGAACAGCACCGAGGAUUACCUGCGCGAGUUCGAGAUCAAGAUCAGCACCGAUCCGACCCAGCUAAAAGGCAGGGUACUCGACCCUCCCUCACUCGUGUUUGAAAACAACGCACUCAGCAAGCCGCGCGACGGCACGUGGGACCUUCGCGGGCAGCACUUCUACAAGGCGGCCACCAUGGACCGUUGGUCGGUGGUCAACAUGACCCGGUUCGCUCAGCGAGACAGUCUGGACAAUUUCAUCAAGAUGCUCAUGCGCAUCGGCACGGACCUCGGCAUGCGCAUCGAACAGCCGCUGGAGGUCUCCUGUGCAGACCCUAACCGGCGCCCGAUACGCAACAUACUCUCAGACCAGCAGCACAAGCACAGCAAACUCCAGAUGGUCGUCCUCGUCAUCUCUAAAUCGACAAACUACGCCGAGAUCAAACAGGUGGCAGAGACGCAGCUUGGCCUUCGCACUCAGUGCGUCCUUGAUAUGAACGUGGUAAAGAAGUGCAACACCGCACUUAUUCAAAACUUGUGCCAGAAGAUCAACGCCAAGAUGGGCGGUACGAACAACAGCCUUCUGGCGCAGGAGAAGCCGUCUCUUUUCCAGAAGCCCGUGAUCAUCAUAGGCGGGGACGUGUCGCAUCCGUCGCCGGGCGACAAGAUCCGACCAUCGAUCGCUGCCUGCGUCGGAAGCCUCGAUUCGAUCCCAUCAAAGUUUCACUCCACGAUCCGCAUCCAAAUGGAGCACGCUGAAGCCAAGUCUCGUGUCGAGAUCAUCAAGGAUCUCAAGGAAAUGAUGAAGGACAUGCUGAAGGCUUUCUUCCGGGCAACGAGGCACAAGCCGGAACGCAUAAUCUUCUACCGCGAUGGCGUGAGCGAGGGACAGUUCCUGGAAGUGCGAAACCGGGAGGUAAGCGCCAUUCGCCUUGCCUGCAAGGAGUUGUCUCCGAACGAGACAUACCAGCCGGCCUUAACAUUCAUCGUCGUGCAAAAGCGUCAUCACACACGUUUCAUGCCAGUCAGCGACCGUGACGGCGUUGGCAAGUGCCGCAACGUGCCACCAGGCACCACAGUCGACACGGUGGUCACACACCCGCUGGAUUUCGACUUUUUCUUGUGCAGCCACUUUGGAAUCCAGGGCACCAGCCGACCGGCUCAUUACUACAUCGUGUGGGACGACUCAAACUUCUCGGCUGACGAGCUCCAAAAGCUGAGCUAUUACCUCUGCCACACGUACGCCCGCUGCUCUCGCAGCGUCAGCAUUCCCGCACCGGUGUACUACGCCCACUUGGCAGCGUUCAGGGCCAAGAAUCACAUCACCAGCAAGGUUGACCUGUCCAGCUCAAGCAGUGACUCCUCGAAGGGCAGCGGGGACACUGUCGCCACCAGCCAGUACGUAGAGGCCGUCCGCGUCCUGGAAGGGCUCCUGCAGUCAAUGUACUUCGUCUGA